UUUUAAGAAUUUUAAGAGCUUUAUAAAUGACUCCUGAACUGAAGCCAGAUACUUGCGUCUACGCUGCUUUUCAGCUCGUCUCUUAACGACUUCCAGAUAUGGCAGACCAGACAGGAAAUGGAAGCUAGUGCUUUUUUGAGAUUAAAAAAACAUCAAGACCAUGUGACAAGUCAAACAUGUCUUUUCCACCACAUUUAUUAUGCACAUUUAUUAUUGUGGCUGGGGGUUAAGAAGAAGAAGAAAAAGGGAAAAAAAAAAAAAAAAAAAAAAGCUCAUGCUCUAACGUUGUCGAAACUGAAUGGUUUGAGAAACACAGCUGCAUCCUGAAGGGCUUUUUUAGAGUGGCCGUCUUGAAGAAAAACACUAAUCCCGCCAUUGUCGUCCUGUCCUCUCCUGCCAGUCCACGCAGACUUUCUCUGGAGCAGAGGAGGCAGCUGAGAGGGACCAUCUGACGGGAAGUGUUUAAUUAGCGUCCCCUGCUCCUGUCUAAGAAGGAGGGGUCUUGCUCUCAAGUCCCGCAGUCAGAGGAACACAGCAGCUCACGCAGGACGCAGAGUGUGAGAGACAGCUGAAGAUUUGGGAGCUGCUGAGUGACGCUUCUACUACUGCACACUGAUAUUUGUCUCCACCUCCUGCCUUUCAUUAUAAAUGAAGCUUGCAAGAAGCUGUGGGAGAAUUCUGAACAGGGGCACUGUGGCAGCAGCACUUAAGCUUCGGAGAAUUUGACACGUGGGGACGUGCAGGGCAACCCACUUAAACAUUUAUUUAAAAAAAAAAAAAAAAAAAAAAGAUGCUGAAUGCUGGGAUCUUCAUUUUAAGCUUCUGUUUCACCAUUGGGGAAGGUUACGUAGCCGGCAAGAGGCAGUAUCAGAUUCAGAACGGGCCAUGCAGCUACACGUUUCUUCUGCCUGAGCAGGAGACGUGCCCCCCGAGUAGCUAUGGCAACCAGGUGCAGAAAGACGACCCGGCUGAAUACGAGGAGUCACUACAGAGGCUGGAGCAGUUGGAGACCAUCAUGGAGAACAACACUCAGUGGCUGCUCAAGCUGGAGAGCUACAUCCAGGAGAACCUGAGGCAAGACAUGGUCCAACUUCAGCACGACACCGUGCAAAACCACACGGCGGCCAUGAUCGAGAUCGGCGCCAAUCUCCUGAUUCACACGGCUGAGCAGACGCGAAAGCUCACCAGUGUCGAAGCGCAGGUUAUAAAUCAAACGACGCGACUUGAACGUCAGCUUCUUGAGAAUUCAAUCUCAACGAAUAAACUGGAAAAAGACAUUAUCCUGCAGACAACUGAAAUAACUAAACUCAGUGAUAAAAACAGCUUCCUGGAAAAGAGGGUAGAGGUCAUGGAGGGCCAAAGGCAGGCGGAGCUGAAGAGUCUGCAGGAGGAGAAAGAGCAGCUGAAGAAGCUGGUGGAGAAGCAGACGAGCAUCAUUGAGGAACUGAAGCAGCAACUGCAGCGUGCCUCUGAGGAUAACACUGCCCUGCAGCAACAGCAGCAUGAGCUGGCAGAGACGGUCAACAACCUCAUCCAAGCCAUCAACAUCCCCACCCCAGAUAAAUCAGUGAUGAUGCAGGAUACACCCUCACAGUACAAAGACUGCGCUGCCAUCUUCAAGUCUGGAAAUAAAGAAAGUGGGGUCUACACGCUAACAAUUCCUGACACAAAAGAACAAAUAAAGGCUUACUGUGACAUGGAAACAGAGGCAGGUGGAUGGACAAUAGUGCAGAAGCGAUUCAGUGGCCUUGUUGACUUUGAUCAGACGUGGAAAGAAUACAAAAUGGGGUUCGGAGACACUUCAGGUGAACACUGGCUGGGUAAUGAGUACAUCUCCAAGCUGACUAAUGAGCAGCAAUACGUGCUGCGGAUAGAGCUUACGGACUGGGACGGGAACACUGCUUUCUCUCAGUAUGAUGAAUUCUCCCUGAGCAGUGAAGAGCAGAAGUACAGGAUACACCUUAAAGGCUACAGUGGAACUGCGGGUAAAAUCAGCAGCCUUGCCCAGCCAGGAAGUGAUUUUAGCACAAAGGAUGCAGACAAUGACAAAUGUGUUUGCAAGUGUUCACAGCUAACCACAGGAGGCUGGUGGUUCGACGCCUGCGGCCCUUCCAAUCUCAACGGUGUAUACUAUCAGCACGGGCAACACACCAGUCGCUUCAAUGGUAUCAAAUGGUACUACUGGAAAGGCUCUGGAUAUUCACUAAAAGCGACAACUAUGAUGAUAAGACCAGUGGAUUUCUGAGGAGCAAAUGGGGCAGUAGUGAGGCAACAACAUUUUCAAAACUGAUAUGGGACCUUACUUUUUGAGGGGGGAGAAUGCUUGACCUUUAUCUACAUGUUGAGCAAGAAAAGCCUGCAAAGAAGAAAGCACUUGAAAGGAACUUACAGAUUUAAAACGAAGUAUUAAAUCAGUAAGAACAUGUGAUAAACAUGUAAAAAUUAAGUCAAAGUAUGAGGACACAGCACAAAGUAUGGGCAAGUACUGUUAAAGAAAGCCUUACAUUGGAUGUGCACCUACGAACAGAAUGGUUAAAAGGGUUGCCAUUAUUCCUUAUGCAAACGUCAUAAUGUGGUCAAAUGUAAUAUUUGUUUAGAGAGUUUAUAUUUCUGAACAUCUUAAUGUACAACAGUUACUUUGAUAAGGUUUGAUAUAGAAAAUGCAACUAUGGUACAAAGGUAAAGGAGAGUGAAUGAUGUAGAAGGGUCCUUACACUAACAAAGCAAAUGGAAAAGAUGUCCUUUUGUUUACAGCUGUUUAGUGAUUUGCAUAUUUUGUAAUUUUAGUACUAUUUGCAAUUUUUAAUAUAUUUCUGAAAACUUUCCCAUUUUGAAAAGAAACUACUAUAUUUUGCACAGGAUUUGCCUCAUCAUAAGUUAUAAAAACCUUUAUAGCCAUUUGAGCAAAGAGUCAAUGGCUGAUUCUUUGCAAUUUAGACAAAAAAAAACAAAAACAAAAAAACACAAUUACGCACUGUUGCUUGGCCCCCUAAAAAUAAGUUUUAGCAUUACAGAUGUAAUUGCACAUGAUGUAAUCGUUCAUUUCUAAGAAAGACUGCACAUAACUGUUUGUUUCUGUAUAAGAAUUGCAUAAAUAUUUCACGGAGAAAAAAUGCAUAGUUGGAUAGUUCACUUCUGUGACCAGUUUUAUUAUUGAUAAAUAGAUAGAAUAUUGAUAAUGGAUAAUUGUAAAUCAGUUUUGGAAGUCUGUUUUUGAACAUGAUUUAUUAGAAGGCAACUCACCAUAGUAGCAAUACCAAAUCUUCAGCUAAGGUGCCAAAAGGACUGCAUUUAUCACCAACAGGUUGUAACUACACUUUACAUUGUUGAGGCAAGACUUUCUAUUUAUUUAUUAUUAUUUUUUUUAAUUACACUUUUUUUUUUUAAAUUCCUUAUUGGUGAAAAAAGUUGUAGUUUAAACUUUAAUGAAAUUUGUUUGUUGCUCUUUUUUUCAAUCACACAGUUCUUUACUGAAGGCAUCAUGGAUAUCAUACCAUGAAAUUUGGCGUUUAAAAAAAUUCUUAAUUACAUGUCUGAAGUAACAUCGUUUAACAAGUUCUACUUACUAAAAGCUGAUUGACCUGUCUUAGGAUAUUUAUUUGAUUGUAUUAUACAUUCUUAAUGUGCUUUAAAAGAUGUACAUGUGUUUGUCAAAAUGUCAUUAAAAAUGAAGUGCAACAUUUU